AUGCGGUACCUGCUCGCGUGGCUGCUGCACCCCGCUCCGUCCGGCGCCUUCCGCUCGGCCCUCGGCGCCCGCCUGCCGCCCCCCGAGCGCCUCUGUGGUUUCCACAAAAAGACCUACAGCAAAAUGAAUAAUCUAGCAAUCAAGAGAAUAGGAAAUCACAUUAUCAAAUCUCCUGAAGACAAGCGAGAAUACCGGGGGCUGGAGCUGGCCAAUGGCAUCAAAGUACUUCUCAUCAGUGAUCCCACCACGGAUAAGUCAUCAGCAGCACUUGAUGUACACAUAGGUUCAUUGUCAGAUCCUCCAAAUAUUGCCGGCUUAAGUCAUUUUUGUGAACACAUGCUAUUUUUGGGAACAAAGAAAUAUCCUAAAGAAAACGAAUACAGCCAGUUUCUCAGUGAGCAUGCAGGAAGUUCAAAUGCUUUUACUAGUGGAGAGCAUACCAAUUAUUAUUUUGAUGUUUCCCAUGAACACCUAGAAGGUGCCCUAGACAGGUUUGCGCAGUUUUUUCUGUGCCCCUUAUUUGAUGAGAGUUGCAAAGACAGAGAGGUGAAUGCAGUUGAUUCAGAACAUGAGAAGAAUGUGAUGAACGAUGCUUGGAGACUCUUUCAGUUGGAGAAAGCUACGGGGAAUCCCAAUCACCCCUUCAGCAAAUUUGGGACAGGUAACAAAUAUACUCUAGAGACUAGACCAAAUCAAGAAGGCAUUGAUGUAAGACAAGAACUACUGAAAUUCCAUUCUACUUAUUAUUCAUCCAACUUAAUGGCUAUUUGUGUCUUAGGUCGAGAAUCAUUAGACGACUUGACUGAUCUAGUGGUAAGGUUAUUUUCUGAAGUAGAGAACAAAAAUGUCCCAUUGCCAGAAUUCCCUGAACACCCUUUCCAAGAAGAACAUCUUAAACAAAUGUACAAAAUCGUACCUAUUAAGGAUAUUAGGAAUCUUUAUGUGACAUUUCCCAUACCUGACCUUCAGAAAUACUAUAAAUCAAAUCCUGGUCAUUAUCUUGGUCAUCUUAUUGGGCAUGAAGGUCCAGGAAGUCUGUUAUCAGAACUUAAGUCAAAGGGCUGGGUAAAUACUCUUGUUGGCGGGCAGAAGGAAGGAGCUCGAGGUUUUAUGUUUUUUAUAAUUAAUGUGGACUUAACUGAAGAAGGAUUAUUACAUGUGGAAGAUAUAAUUUUGCACAUGUUUCAAUACAUUCAGAAGUUACGUGCAGAAGGACCUCAAGAAUGGGUUUUCCAAGAGUGCAAGGACUUGAAUGCUGUUGCUUUUAGGUUUAAAGAUAAAGAGAGGCCACGGGGCUAUACCUCUAAGAUCGCAGGAAUAUUGCAUUAUUAUCCCCUAGAAGAAGUGCUCACAGCUGAAUAUUUACUGGAAGAAUUUAGACCUGAUUUAAUAGAGAUGGUUCUUGAUAAACUCAGACCAGAAAAUGUCCGGGUUGCAAUAGUUUCCAAAUCUUUUGAAGGAAAAACCGAUCGCACUGAAGAAUGGUAUGGAACCCAAUACAAACAAGAAGCUAUACCAGAUGAAGUCAUUAAGAAAUGGCAAAAUGCUGACUUGAAUGGGAAAUUUAAACUUCCAACGAAGAAUGAAUUUAUUCCUACGAAUUUUGAGAUUUUAUCAUUAGAAAAAGAAGCAACACCAUACCCUUCCCUUAUUAAGGAUACAGCUAUGAGCAAACUCUGGUUCAAACAAGAUGAUAAGUUUUUCUUGCCAAAGGCUUGUCUCAACUUUGAAUUUUUCAGCCCAUUUGCUUAUGUGGACCCCUUGCACUGUAACAUGGCCUAUUUGUACCUUGAGCUCCUCAAAGACUCACUCAACGAGUAUGCAUAUGCAGCAGAGCUAGCAGGCUUGAGCUAUGACCUCCAAAAUACCAUCUAUGGGAUGUAUCUCUCGGUGAAAGGUUACAAUGACAAGCAGCCAAUUUUGCUAAAGAAGAUUAUUGAGAAAAUGGCUACUUUUGAGAUUGAUGAAAAAAGAUUUGAAAUUAUCAAAGAGGCAUAUAUGCGAUCUCUUAACAAUUUCCGCGCUGAACAACCUCACCAGCACGCCAUGUACUACCUCCGCCUCCUGAUGACCGAGGUGGCCUGGACAAAAGAUGAAUUAAAAGAAGCUCUGGAUGAUGUCACCCUUCCUCGCCUUAAGGCCUUUAUACCUCAGCUCCUGUCACGGCUGCACAUUGAAGCCCUUCUCCAUGGAAACAUAACAAAGCAGGCUGCCUUAGGAAUUAUGCAGAUGGUUGAGGACACUCUUAUUGAACAUGCUCAUACUAAACCACUCCUUCCCAGUCAGCUGGUUCGAUACAGAGAAGUUCAGCUCCCUGACAAAGGGUGGUUUGUUUACCAGCAGAGGAAUGAAGUUCACAAUAACUGUGGCAUCGAGAUCUACUACCAGACAGACAUGCAGAGCACCUCGGAGAACAUGUUCCUGGAGCUCUUCUGUCAGAUCAUCUCCGAGCCCUGCUUCAACACCCUGCGCACCAAGGAGCAGCUGGGUUAUAUCGUCUUCAGUGGUCCACGUCGAGCCAAUGGCAUACAGGGCUUACGGUUCAUCAUCCAGUCUGAAAAGCCUCCUCACUACCUAGAAAGCAGAGUGGAAGCUUUCUUAGUCACCAUGGAAAAGUCCAUAGAGGACAUGACAGAUGAGGCCUUCCAAAAACACAUUCAGGCGUUAGCAAUUCGCCGACUAGACAAACCAAAGAAACUGUCUGCAGAGUGUGCUAAAUACUGGGGGGAAAUCAUCUCCCAGCAAUACAAUUUUGACAGAGACAAUACAGAAGUUGCAUAUUUAAAGACACUUACCAAGGAAGAUAUCAUCAAAUUCUACAAGGAAAUGUUGGCAGUGGAUGCCCCCAGGAGACAUAAGGUGUCUGUCCAUGUUCUUGCCAGAGAAAUGGAUUCUUGUCCUGUGGUCGGAGAGUUCCCGUGUCAGAAUGAUAUAAAUCUGUCACAAGCACCACCCUUGCCACAGCCUGAAGUGAUUCAGAACAUGACCGAGUUCAAGCGUGGCCUGCCGCUGUUCCCCCUCGUGAAGCCACACAUCAACUUCAUGGCUGCGAAGCUCUGA